AUGAUGACACUUCUCCUCUUUGGUCUGUCUUGGCUUCGAGAAAGAUCACCAGGGCCCUCACGGCUGCCUCCGCCAAGCGUGAGCUCCACGCUGCUGCUGCUGCUGCUGCUGCUGCUGCUGCUGCUGCUGCUGCUGCUGCUGGAGCUGCUGGAGCUGUUGGUGUGCUGCUGCUGUUGCUUUUGCUGCUGCUGGUGUUGCUGCGGUUGCUGCUGCUGUUGCUGGUGCUGCGGUCGCUGCUCUGCUGCUGCUGCUGCUGACUAUCUGUGGUUGCUGCUGCUGCUGCUGCUGCAACGAUCAGCCUUUCUCUUUAUUCCCCCCUUUUUACGUGCUGCUUUGUUUAUUUCUAUCUCCAAGUUCCUUUGCUGCUGCGGCCACUCGUCACUUCGUUUGCUUCCUGCUGCAGUGUCUGCCUACCCUGUCUUCUUUCUGCUGCUGUCUUUGUCUGCUGCUGCUUUGCUGCUCUUUCUCGCUUGCUGCUUUGCUGCUGCAGCCCCUCUUUGCUGCUGCGCUCUGCACUGUCUCCUGUCUCCUCCUAGAGCCUUGCGCACACCCUUCAGAGCUGCUGCUGCUGCUGCUGCUGCUGCUGUGGGGCUGCUGCUGUCUGCUGCAGACGUGGGCGCUGGGGGGGCCCCCUGCCUGCUGGGGGGCCCCCUGCUGAGCCCCGGCUCGGGGGCCCCCGUGGAGCCCAUGAUCAACUGGGGGGCCCCCCCUUCUGCUGUUUCUCUCUUGGCAGGACUUGAGGCCUUUCAAGAAUAUUUGCUGCAGCAGCAGCCCUUUCUGCUGCAGGAGCUGCCGGUGUUUUUGACGCAGCUGCGGCGCGGCGUGCCGGGGCCCCCGGGGCACGGCGCUGCUGCUGCUGCUGCUGCUGCUGCUGCUGCGCCGUGGGGGCCCCUGCAUGCAGCCUGUGGGCCCCGCCCCAUCACUGAUGAGGAAAAAGGGGCUUAUUUCUUUUGGCUCGAAAAGCUUUAUGAGUUCAAUUCCGGCAGAGUCCUUUUUGCAACAAACCAACUCAACUUCUUCACGAGGGCCCUUUUCAAACAAACCCUCACCCCACAGGCCACCAGCAGCAGCAGCAGCAGCAGGGGGGGCCCCCUGGACCCUGCGGGCACAGCGCGUCGGGGGGCCCCCCUGGGGGCCCUCCCGGGGGGCCCCCCGGGGGCCCCUUGGGGGCCCCCAGCCGCCAUGCCCAGAGGGUACGGACACCACGCAGACAAACGCCGCAGCCACAGAAGGAGACGCAGCAACGACUACCGCCGCCGCAGCAGCAGCAGCAGCAGCAGCUACGGCAGCAACAGCAGCGGCAGCAGCAGCAGCAGCAGCAGUGACCAGGACGCCCCAAACUACCGCGCGCCCAGGAUAAUUGGGAAGCAGCUGCAGCAAAGACAAAGUGGCCAGAGGCUGCUGCACCGGAGCCACCAGCGGCGGGCGGAGCUGCCGCUGCAGCACCAACUGCAGCUGCAGCAGCAGCAGCAGCUGCAGCAGCAGCUGCAGCAGCAGCAGCAGCACCACAGCCACAGGCACUCCGGCUCCCGCAUGCAGCAGUACCUCCCAGGGGGGCCCCCAGAGGCCUCUGGGCCCCACACAGCCCAUUCCCAGUACCCUGGGGACUCCGCACUGACGGUCACUCAGGGGGGCCCCUUCGAGCUCCCGCAGCACCUGCAGCAGCAGCACAUGCAGCAGCAGCUGCAGCAGCAGCAGCACAAGCUGCAGCAGCAGCAGCAAGCCUUUGGGGCCCUUUGUUCCCGAUCUGCUGAAGGCCAAAUGCCCUUCGGGAUCCACAGCGACUUAGCAGCAGAGGGGCCCCCCAACUCACCCCACCAGGGGCCCCACCUGUCCCCGUCGGACAGCAGCAGCAGCAGCAGCAGCAGCAGCAGCAGCAACAGAUACCCGUAUUCGUCCUCUUCCCCAGCCCCAAACCAGCCACUUUCACUCCAGCAGCAAAUGCUGCUGCAGCGGCUCCUGCACCAGCAGCAGCUGAUGCAGCAGCAGCACCAGCAGCAGCUGCAGCAGCAUCUGCACGAACGGCUGCAGCAGCAGCUCCUACACCAAGAACAGUCUUGCGGAGAUGAGAUAUUUGAAGGAGACGACGAUGAGGAGCUUCUCAGUAUACUGCAGCAGCAGCAGCAGCAGCAGCUGCAGCAGCAGCAGCAGCAGCAGCAGCAGCACGAGGACUCAGGCAUCCUUCGCGGCCUUCAGCAGCACUCGCAGCCACGCCCAAGCCACCGCCACGUUUCGGAGCAAGAGCACCUCUACCACCUGCAGCAGCAACAGCAACUGCAGCAGCAGCAGCUGCAGCAGCAAAGGCUGCUGCAACAACAGUUGCUGCAGCAGCACCAGCCCUUGCAUCCACAAGAAGAAGACCCUUCACAGUGGGACUAA